AGGGAGGCCUAAGGAGGCUUUUGGGAAGGCUCUGUGCGACGCUGUAGCCUUUAGCAUCGUCAGUGGCACCCAUGCCUCUUAUCAGAGCGCACAAAACCCUGAAUCCUGGAGAUGCGCUGACCGCCGCUGGCUCCUGACUGGCCCAGUGCUGGUGCCGCUGCUCCGAUGAUGGUCCUCAAUCAAGUGUCUCUGACAAUUCCAGGUGCGGCAAGCUGGCACGCGACAUGCACUGCCAGUGUAAGCGGGAGAUAUCGUCGGUCUCGAGUCCCUGCACAAUUCUGUGAAUGGAGACUGGGCAACAUGUACAACGACUGCUAAUCAUAGAGUGCUAUCUCAUAUCUCUACUACUACUACGAGGUGACACUGUACUUGCUCCUUCUAUUGCCGCCACUGUCAUGCUUCUGGGUGACAAUGAUGUCUAAUACUUCGGUCUCUUGAAGCUGUUCUGGAUUCAUUAACGCGCCUCCGUUGUCUUUCAGGCUCCCUUCCUUCCGUCUCCUCUUGUACACGGCGCCUUCUCGUUGCACAUACGGUGAUGCUCUGCCUGCGUUGACCUUCACGCUGAGAACUACCCAUCGACACCCAUCACACCUCUCCUGCAUCUUCUGAAUUCACUUUGACCAUGAAUCGAGAACCUUUCAACGGGAACCUCUUUCGCAAGCAACAGCCAUGGUUUCAAAUCAAUACCUCUUCAUUGUUUUCCUCAGCCUCCUAAUCACUUGGGUGAGCCCUGGACACGCUUCGCCCUUAUCGGAUACCCUGUCAACGCCUAUUCCCUCCGAGUCGAUCUCACUUUCCGCUCCCACCGCACUCAGCGCAGGCGCUCCAUCCUCCACCGCGACCGCUCCUCCAGACCCCGACCGAAACAAGUACUUCCACGAACCAGGCGGUGAUGAUCUCCUACACCACUACGACGCCCGCUUUUUCCAGAGAAUUGUGAGCGACGAGGAAAGACGAGACACCCUGCAACAUCUGAUUCGGGCAUACUUCUUGACCUUUGACUAUCUGGGCAUCGAGACCUGGAUCGCACAUGGGACUCUGCUGGCCUGGUACUGGAAUGGCAGGAUCUUACCAUGGGACUGGGAUCUCGACACCCAAGUCACUGACGAAGGUCUGAGACUUCUCGGGAAACACUACAACCAAACCUAUUACGACUAUGAAGUCGGCGAUGGUCAGCCAAAGCGACGAUACUACCUCGAUGUCAACUCGUGGUCGUGGCAGCGAGAUCGAGGAGACGGAGCCAAUAUCAUCGACGCGCGCUUCAUCAGUGUUGACAACGGACUGUUCGUCGACAUCACCGGCUUGUCCGAAGUGUACCCCGAGACCGAGCCUGGAAUCAUCAUGUGCAAGAACAACCACCGAUACCGAUUACGAGACAUUUUCCCACUGAGACACACCUACUUUGAAGGCGUCAAGGCCAAGGUGCCCUUUUCAUACGUCCCGAUCCUGACGGAAGAGUACUCGGAUGCUGCGUUGGUCCGGACCGAGUUUCAGGGACACCAGUGGGAUAUGCACAGUCAGGAAUGGAUCAAACUUCCGGACGAGCAAGAGGUUCUUCAGGGCGACGACGGGUCCCACCCUGAUUCAUCCUCCAAAGAAGACGGAGCAUACGCUUGAUGAAAACGCGUCAAUGCCUCCGUAUCAGUACGAAGCAGAGUAGCGCCCAAGAGGCCGCGUUGAUAGCAGCAGCUUGAGCUACGAUAAUAAUUAAUACUUGCCUACCAAAGAGUCUGGUGUGAUCAAGUAGAGCUGAUGAUUUCAAGUCAUAGUAAAUCACCGUUAAAUUGGGGAUUACAAUAACG